CCCUUAUUACCAUCUACGCUGCCAUAUAACCUCUGAAUGCAAAAAUUCAGGAUAGGUACCACCGCAUUUGGGUCCGGACGAGCGCACCAAUCUUUUUUUCUCAUUUUAAUCGGAUCUCUGUAUCUCCACUCCCUUUCCAUCCUUCUACUCCUAGUGUCUCAGAACCGAACCAACUGCCGUCUAUCCUUUUGCCGUCUCCGACUCACUAUACAUCAACAAUAAAACAAAGAAAGCCACUUCUUCAACACAAAAAU